GUGUUACUAAUUGUUGCCGUUUCGAAAUUUAGUCUCUUUAAUUGUUCAAAAUGAAGAAGAUUGGGGAAUUCUUCGACAAAAAGAAAACUGAUAUGAAAUUCAAGAGAGCUGGUCGUGGAGUGAAAUUGAACGAAAGUACGCCACAGCCCAGUACAUCUGGUCAGUCUAAACCUGUAGCCCCAAGGAUGCAGCCUACUACUAGUUCUCAGAUGGCAGGCCAGGCAGCACUGAGUAGACUGACUCCAGGUCCUGGUUCAGCAAGACCAGGAUCAGCAGCUUCAGCAUCAAUCAAAGCACAGGCUAUUGCACAACUUGAGAAUGAAUCUGAAAGAAUGAAAUUAUCUUCACAAUAUCAGAGUGGUGCAGCAGCAGCAAAUCUAGACUACAAUGACAGUCAAGCUGCUCUUCUGGUGUCAGGUGUUAAUUUCAGGUGUAGGUGUUCAAUGAGAUUAAAGAAACCAGAAUUUGAAGCCCACCUUACUGAAUGUCUUCUAAUGCAACUUGCUGAUGACCCCCCUUCAGCUUCAGCAACCAUGAUAUACACACUGAACAAGGAUAAAGACAAGAUAAGAAUAGGAGUUGAUACAAUAUGCAAAUAUCUAGAUAAUGUGUGCCUGAAUCCAGGAGAAGAGAAGUAUCGUAAGAUAAGAGCAAACAACAAGGCCUUUCAGGAGAGAGUCUCUGGAUUGGUGGGAGCAGAGGAAUUCAUCCAAGCUGUUGGUUUUGAGAGGAAGAUACUCACUCAUGAAGAAUCUGAGACUGAUUUCUUUGUCUUGAAUGAGGAGAGUGCUUCAAACAUUGACAGGCUGAUCUCAUUCAAGGAGCUGUUGAAGUCUGGUGCUCCAUACAAACCGGUCCUUGACAGAGACAUGAAAGUCUACCAACCAUCCCAGAGGGCAAGCCAAUUUCAACUUCCAAAUGAGUUCUACAUGCUCACACCAGAAGAGAUCAAAAAAGAACAACAACUCAGGGCAGAGGUCAUUGAGCAGAGUUCAGUUCUUAGAACAAAGGCCAUGAAGGAAGCCGAAGCACAGAAAGCUCUACGAAGAUAUCGCUACGCACUCAUUAGGAUUCGUUUCCCAGAUGGUAUAUUAUUACAAGGUACAUUCUAUGCAAGGGACAAACUGCAAACCCUGAAGGAGUUUGUACAGUCUCAGUUGGAUAAUAGCUGGCAGCCUUUCAUCUUGACUGAUCCUAGUAACAUCAAACUCACUGAUGAUGACAUGAUGCUGGCUGAAUUACAUCUGGCCCCUGCAGCAGUGAUUAACUUCUCCUGGGAUGCUGAGGUAAUGGCAGACAUUGCUGCAGCCAGUCAAGGAAGCCUACAGGUUACCUACCUCAAGCCAGAUGCCAUGAGACAACUCCAAUUACUUUAGAACAAUGCAGGAGGCUGUUUCGUGAAGUUCUUACUAAAGUUAUGCAUGAUGUUACAAAUGGCGGGAAUAUGUUCUGUGGAUAAUCUUAUCAAUCAUUUAAUUCAUUUGUGAGGAAAAUAUGAUCUUUGUAGAAGAAACUCUUAGUUUACAAGAAAUUUGAUGCAUAGUGUUAGUUUAUUAUAUUGUUGAAAUUUUAUUAGUAUUAUAGAAAUUCAUUUCCUCUUUAAAACAUCAGGGAAAAUUUGGGGUAUUUUAUUGUUAAGUCAUGCAUAACGUUAUGAAGUACCUGAUGAUGCAGCCUCCAGGACACUUGUGUAACUAUCGCUGAAUAUGGAAUGAUGGGAAGGGAGAAAGAAAGGAAGAUAUGAUCCCUUGCCCAAUUGGCAGGUGUAAUGUUUCUAUGAUACAAGAUCUAAGACAGCUGCUAAUCAGAGAGAGGCUUGAGGGAACAGACGUUUCCCACAACAGAAAAUGCUUUGUGUGGUUAAUGAAUGGGCAUCAUACGGACAGCGAAGAGGACAGAUCUAGCCAUAUCUUGAAUGAUCUUUGAAGGCAUUUCUUGAUUGAAACUAGGUGCUAGCAGGUCUUUUACAGAAAGCUGUUCUUUGAAAUCAAGAUCUAGAAGAAGCCCCCUGGGAGAAAGCCACAAUUGAUUAAAGGAAAAUUUAAUUUUAUUGGGAUAAAUAAAAUCCUGAUAAUGGUAGUCAACUAGUCAACUCACAUUUCUUGUUGUCAUUAUUUGGUAAAAUAUCACACUAUGAGUGUAUUAGUUUUGAUCUGUUCAAAACAUAUUCAUUAAUUGUUAUUAACAA